AUGGUGCAGAAAUCCCGCAACGGAGGCGUUUACCCGGGGCCUGCGGCGGAGAAGAAGCUCAAGGUGGGCUUCGUGGGGCUGGACCCGGGCGCUCCGGACUCCAGCCGGGACGGAGCGCUGCUGAUCGCCGGCUCCGAGAGCAGCAAGCGGGGCAGCAUCCUCAGCAAGCCCCGCUCCGGGGUGUCGGGCAGUGGGAAGCCCCCGAAAAGGAAUGCGUUUUACCGCAAGCUGCAGAAUUUCCUCUACAAUGUGCUGGAGAGACCGCGGGGAUGGGCUUUCAUUUACCACGCAUACGUUUUUCUACUAGUGUUCUCCUGCCUGGUGCUGUCAGUCUUUUCGACCAUUGAUGAGUACCAGAACAGCUCAGAAGGGGCCCUUUACAUCCUGGAAAUUGUCACCAUCGUGGUGUUUGGGGUGGAAUACUUCGUGAGGAUCUGGGCUGCCGGUUGCUGCUGCCGAUACCGGGGCUGGAGGGGGAGGUUAAAGUUUGCCCGCAAGCCUUUCUGUGUCAUCGACAUCAUGGUGCUGAUCGCAUCCAUCGCCGUGUUGGCGGCAGGAUCCCAGGGGAAUGUCUUUGCCACCUCAGCACUCAGGAGUUUGAGGUUCCUGCAGAUCCUGCGCAUGAUCCGCAUGGACCGGAGGGGCGGCACAUGGAAGCUCUUGGGCUCUGUGGUCUACGCACACAGCAAGGAGCUGAUUACUGCCUGGUAUAUUGGCUUCCUGUGCCUCAUUCUGGCCUCUUUCCUGGUAUAUUUGGCCGAGAAAGGAGAAAAUGAGCACUUUGAUACAUACGCAGAUGCACUCUGGUGGGGUCUGAUCACUCUCACCACCAUUGGCUAUGGGGACAAGUACCCGCAGACCUGGAAUGGGCGGCUGCUGGCGGCUACGUUCACCCUCAUCGGUGUCUCCUUCUUCGCCCUUCCUGCUGGCAUCUUGGGUUCAGGGUUUGCUCUGAAGGUUCAAGAGCAGCAUCGGCAAAAACACUUUGAGAAGAGGCGAAACCCAGCAGCGGGUCUCAUUCAGGCGGCUUGGAGAUUUUAUGCCACCAACCUGUCCCGGACGGACCUGCACUCCACUUGGCAGUACUACGAACGCACCGUCACCGUCCCCAUGUACAGCACGCAAACGCAAACGUACGGUGCCUCCAGACUAAUCCCUCCUCUGAACCAACUGGAGCUCCUGAGGAACCUGAAGAGCAAAUCGGGACUGACAUUCAGGAAAGAGCAGCAGCCUGAACCAUCGCCAAGUCAGAAGGUCAGUUUGAAAGAUCGUGUCUUCUCCAGUCCCCGCGGUGCUGGCACCAAAGGGAAAGGCUCUCCACAGGCUCAGGGCAUCAGGAGGUCCCCCAGCGCUGACCAGAGCAUCGAGGACAGCCCAAGCAAAGUGCCCAAGAGCUGGAGCUUCGGAGACCGCAGCCGAGCCAGGCAAGCAUUCCGCAUCAAGGGAGCGGCCUCACGGCAGAACUCGGAAGAAGCAAGCCUCCCUGGAGAAGACAUUCCUGAUGAGAACAAAAGCUGCAACUGCGAGUUUGUGACGGAAGAUUUGACACCAGGGCUGAAAGUCAGCAUCAGGGCAGUGUGCAUUAUGAGGUUUCUGGUCUCCAAGCGCAAGUUUAAGGAGAGCCUUCGGCCCUACGACGUGAUGGACGUCAUCGAGCAGUACUCAGCUGGUCACCUGGACAUGCUCUCCCGGAUUAAAAACCUUCAGGCCAGGAUAGAUAUGAUUGUGGGUCCCCCACCCCCUUCAACUCCCCGGCAUAAGAAGUAUCCAACCAAAGGACCCAUGUAUUCUUCCAAAGAAUCUCCCCAAUACUCGCCUAGAGUUGACCAAAUCGUUGGGAGAGGAUCCUCCAUGACCGACAAGGAUCGGACCAAAGGGCCAACGGAAGGGGAGCUGCCUGAAGACCCCAGCAUGAUGGGCAGGCUUGGCAAAGUGGAAAAACAGGUUCAGUCAAUGGAGAAGAAGCUGGACUUCCUGGUGAACAUUUACAUGCAGCGGAUGGGCAUCCCACCAACGGAGACAGAGGCUUAUUUUGGGUCCAAAGAACCAGACCCAGCGCCUCCCUACCACAGCCCCGAAGGCAGCAGGGAGCACAUUGACAAGAACGGCUGCAUCAUCAAGAUCAUCAGGUCCACCAGCUCCAUGGGUCAGAAGAACUUCUCUGCCCCACCAGUCCCGACCAACGCAUGCCCACCCUCGACAUCAUGCCAGCGCCAGAGCCACGGCUCCUCUCCCAUCGGAGACCCCGGCUCGCUGGUCCGCAUCCCACCUCCGCCUUCCCAUGAGCGCUCCUUGUCAGCAUACAGCAGCGGGCACAGGGCGAGCGCGGAGUACCUGAGGAACGAAGACAUUACAACCAAACACCAUGAGAGUGCCAUGAGAGACAGCGACACGUCCAUCUCCAUCCCCUCGGUAGACCACGAGGAACUGGAGCGCUCUUUCAGCGGCUUUAGCAUCUCCCAGUCCAAAGAGAAUUUGGACAUCCUUAACAACGGUUGCUAUGCAGCCGUGGCCAAAAUCAGACCCUACAUUGCAGAAGGGGAGUCAGACACCGAUUCUGACCUCUGCACGCCCUGCGGUCCUCCUCCCAGGUCGGCCACGGGUGAGGGACCCUUUAGUGACAUGGGCUGGUCAGCCUCCAGGCAGUGAAGCCUUCUUGCCACCGAGCCACAUCCGAGCGCUGGCAGCUGCCC